UUUCUAGCAUGGAGGCUACCACUAACAGUAACAGUGGACAGGGUAAUAUAAAUAAUGAAACGUUUACUGCAAAAGGUGAAAGAAAGGUUCCGUGUCGAGCGUGUACAGAUUUUAAAACUUGGGCAAAACAUCAAGGGAUGAACUUUUCAUCUAUCUUAGGGUCAUCUCGGACAAUGCCAAACCAUGAAUGUCCACUUGACAAAGACGAGCUGGGACGCAACACGUGGUCUCUCCUCCAUACGAUGGCGGCGUACUACCCGGAUAAACCAAGUUUUUCAGAUCAAGAAGAUAUGAAGAAGUUUGUUACGAUUUUCUCAAAGUUUUAUCCGUGCGACUACUGUGCAGCUGAUCUCCGAGAAAACUCAUUAAAUUGAAGAAAACUAUUGGUCAGAAUGGAUGAAAACAUUGAGUCUUUAUUGGUCAGAAUGGUUAGUUAGAUAUGAGAAUCUUGAGUCUUUAUUUGUUUUAACUUAAACAGGGUAAAAUGCUGCUUUUAAAUGAAAACAUUACUAGUUUUCAUAUGUAAUCAUAAUACAGUGUAUAAUUGUAUUGUUAUACACAGGUUUUAAAAACAACCCUGUUAUAUUUUUUGAUCAUUUAAUAAAGCAACUUUUGUUUAAGACUGUGUAUACUAAAAUAGUGAUAAUUUAUGAGACUGGAAAGUAUUCUGAUCAUGUGAAAUCUACAUU